AUGGGCGACGCUGGUAAAGUUGGUGCCGGAGCUGAGCACAACUCCUUUCCCACUCCCUUCGCCCAGCGGCCCAUCAUCAUCCUGGGUGCCGGUAUCAUCGGAUGUGCCACCGCUCGACAACUCCUGUUGCAGGGAUUCUCCGUCCAGCUCGUGGCAGAAUUUCUCCCCGGAGAUCAGGAUAUUCACUAUGCUUCCGCAUGGGCCGGUGCAGCCUGGCAUGCCGCAGGUGGCAUCACUCCGGAGCAGCGUUAUUUGCAAGCCGUCACACAUCGCAUCUUGCUUCAAAUGUCCCAGGACCCGGAGUCUGGUGUGAGCGUUGUGGAUGCUCGGGAGUUCCUAGAAAAAGAGCCAGCUCCAGAUUCCGCCAUCUGGGGGAGGACGGUCGUGUCCAAGUUCCGUAAGAUGGACCGCGCAGAGUAUCCCGCCGAAUUUCACAGUGCUUGGGCUUAUGAGACCCUCGUUUCAGACCCAACCCGCCAUAUGCCCUACCUACGCCGACAGGUUCAGUCUCUAGGAGGUCAAUUCAUCCGAAGGCGAGUGCAAUCACUUCAAGAGCUUUACGACAUGUUCCCCGACUCCCGGAUCUUCAUCAACGCCAGUGGAAUCGGCAGUAAAACUUUGACGGACGUCCUGGAUGACCGCUGCUUCCCCGAACGUGGUCAGAAUGUGUUCCUUCGCACCGACCAGUGCCACACGAUGUAUUUCCGCAACGGCCAAGAGUACACAUACGUGAUACCCCGGCCCCAGUCCGGUGGGGUGGUACUCGGAGGCGUCAAGCAGCAAGAUGACUUGUCCCCGGAAGUCGAUCUUGAUAUCGCGUGGGAUGAGAUCACUCGUGCACACCGGUUGGCGCCUCAUAUCGUACCGGAACACCCUGCAGAUGAAACCAAUGGAGCACGCACGGUGCUGUCAGCGUAUGGGUUUGGUGGCGGGGGAUAUGCAUUUUCGUAUGGAAUUGCCGACGCUCUGGUGGAGAUGGUGCAGGAGGCUGAGCGGGAGAACGUCAUUGUUUAG